AUGGCGGCGACGGCCGCCAGCUCGACUUAUGACGAUUCUAGUCUUGGAGAGGCGGGGGAUAAAGAUUUGUUGGCGAAGAUGGGAUACAAGCAGGAACUGCGACGACAAUACACAACGGUGCAGAUUUUCGCGGUCGCAUUUAGUAUCAUGGGCUUGGUACCUUCGAUCUCGUCAACACUCGCGUUCAACCUGCCCGCGGGGCCGGUAGGCAUGGUUUGGGGUUGGUUUACAGCAAGUAUCUUUAUCCUUUUUGUCGGACUAUCGCUGGCGGAUAUGGCAUCCGCGAUGCCUACGGCGGGCGGUCUUUACUGGUGGACACACUAUUUUGCUGGGGAAAAGUGGAAGAACCCGUUGAGUUUCUUGGUCGGAUAUAGCAACACCAUGGGUUUGGUUGGUGGCAUGUGUUCUACGGACUACACUCUUUCCCUGAUGAUCCUUGCAUGUGUUUCUAUCGCUCGCGAUGGCGAAUGGUCGGCUUCUCGAGGAACCAUCUACGGUGUCUAUGUCGGUAUCAUUAUCGUGCACGGUCUCUGCUCAAUCUACGCCGGGCGGAUCAUGCCGAAGAUCCAAACGUUCUGUAUUUUUGUCAACAUCGCCCUUAUUGUCGCGACUGUUAUCGCUCUCCCUGUGGCCAAGGUGACGAGGGGUGAAUCGCUCAACUCGGGAAAGUUUGUGUUUGGAGAUCUCCAAAAUGUCACCGAAUGGCCGACGGGAUGGUCGUUUAUCCUCUCCUUCCUGGCGCCUAUUUGGUCGAUUGGUUUCUUCGACUCGUGUAUUCACAUGAGUGAGGAGGCUUUGCACGCAGCCAAGUCGGUUCCUUUGGGUAUUAUCUGGUCUUCUGGAUGCGCCUGCACUCUGGGAUUCUUGGUGUUGUCUGUGGUUGCGGCUACGAUGAACCCGGAUGUGAACCAGACCAUUAACAGUGUGUUUGGACAGCCCAUGGCACAGGUUUACUAUGAUGCGAUGGGCAAGAGAGGUGCUCUUGGAUUCAUGGGCGUUUUGGUCGUGAGCCAGUUUCUGAUUGGACUCAGUUUGGUCACUGCUGCGUCGAGACAGACAUGGGCUUUCUCGCGUGACGGUGCCCUUCCUUUCUCCAAGUUCGUCCGCCAUGUCAGCAAGCGUGUCCAGUACCAGCCUGUCCGUGCUGUGUGUGGAUUUGUCGCUGUGUCCAUCAUCUUCGGAUUGCUCUGCCUGAUCAACUCGGUGGCCGCCAACGCGCUCUUCUCGCUGUUUGUUGCCAGUAACUACAUUGCAUGGGGAGUUCCGAUUCUGUGCCGCUUGGUUUGGGGUAAGGAGCGGUUUGUUCCUGGCGAGUUCUACACGGGUAUUCUCAGCAAGCCUAUUGCAAUUGUUGCGUGUGUGUGGUUGCUUUUUGGACUGAUCUUGUCCAUGUUCCCUACUACUGGACCGAAUCCAUCGCCGGAGGACAUGAACUACACCAUUGUUAUCAACGGAUUUGUGUGGUUGUCUGCGGCAGGCUACUACAUUUUAUUUGCGCGCAAGUGGUACACCGGACCGAAGAUGACGGUCGACCCUCGCGAGUACCAAGAGCACCAAGAGUAA